AAAACAGUGGAUAAAAUCUUGCAUCUUCUAACAGCAAUAAAUUGCGACGUCGUUGCACAAUCGGGUCGAAGGCGGCGCGCUCUCAAAUUCGCAUUUUCUCCGAAUUCUGACCAGAAAUCUGCGUUUGACGUGUAUUGUAAGAUUUGGUUUCUUGCUGCUCUGCGUUUGAUUAGAGAUGGGGGCUGAGAAUGGAGCCGAUGGACUGAAGCAGCUAGAGUAUCUAUCUCUAGUUUCAAAAGUAUGUACGGAAUUAGAAACUCACCUAGGGUUUGGUGAUAGCGUGUUGGCGGAGUUCAUUACGGAGCUAGGUCGGGAUUGUGAGUCGGUGGACGAAUUCGACGCGAAAUUGAAAGAGAAUGGUGCGGAGAUGCCGGAUUAUUUUGUGAAGACGCUGCUUAAAUUAAUUCAUGCGAUUUUACAGCCAAAUCCGAAGACGAAGUCGGAGACAGGGUUGAAAGAGGGCGGGGAAUCUGCAUUUUCAGCUUUGAAGAUCAAGGAUGGUAAGGAGAGGGUGAAGGAGUUGGAGAGGGAGCUUGAAGCGGAAGCUAAAAGCCGGAGGAGAAUGGAGGAAGAGGAUGAAGAGAAGCACAGGGAUAGAGGUAGAGAUAAUGAUAGAAGAGAGAGGAGAAGUGAUAGGGAUAGAGAUCGAGAACGGGACAGAGACAGGGACAGGGGAAGGCAUGGAAAUAGAGAAAGGGACAGGGAUGGGGGAAGACAUGGGGAUAGGCAUGAAAGGGGUAGAUAUGAGGACAGGGAUGACUAUGGUGAGGAGAGAGGUAGGAGAAGGCAUGGUGACAGGGAUAGAAACCAAGGUGAACGGGAUUGGAGGAAUGAUUAUGAGGAGGAGAGGGAUGAUAGCACGAGGGAUAUGAAGGAGAGGAAUAAUAGGUCUGAUGGGCCAGAGUUGUUCAAAGUUUACAAGGGAAGGGUUUCCAGAGUGAUGGAUAAGGGAUGUUUUGUUCAGUUUCAAGAUUUUAGAGGGAAAGAGGGGCUAGUACAUGUGUCUCAGAUGGCAACUAGGAGGAUUACAAACGCAAAGGAUGUUGUAAAAAGAGAUCAGGAAGUUUAUGUGAAAGUUAUCUCGGUUAGUGGGAAUAAUUUGAGUUUGUCAAUGAGGGAUGUGGAUCAGAAUACUGGGAAAGACUUGCUGCCCUUGAAGAGGAGUGAGGAGGAUGAUGGUUUGAGACCAAAUCCUUCAGUUCGGAAUGAUGGUGGAGGAACAGGGAGCAGGAUUGGUCUGUCAGGUAUAAAGAUCACUGAGGAACAUGAUGCUGUACCAUCACGAAGGCCGCUGAAGAGGAUGAGCUCACCUGAGAGAUGGGAAGCUAAACAACUAAUUGCUUCAGGUGUCAUGAGUGUUAAGGAGUAUCCUAUGUUUGAUGACGAAGGAGAUGGGAUGCUAUAUCAAGAAGAAGGGGCAGAAGAGGAGCUUGAAAUUGAGUUGAAUGAAGAUGAACCAGCAUUUUUGCAGGGUCAGAGUAGGUAUUCUGUUGACAUGUCCCCGGUGAAGAUAUUUAAAAACCCUGAGGGGUCUUUAAGCCGUGCCGCAGCACUUCAAUCUGCUCUGAUAAAAGAGAGGAGGGAAGUUAGAGAACAACAACAAAGAACAAUGUUGGAUUCCAUUCCAAAAGAUCUGAAUCGUCCGUGGGAAGAUCCAAUGCCGGAAACUGGUGAGAGGCAUCUUGCUCAGGAGCUAAGAGGUGUUGGUUUGUCUGCAUAUGACAUGCCGGAGUGGAAGAAGGAUGCAUAUGGUAAAGCUCUAACUUUUGGUCAAAGAUCAAAGCUUUCUAUCCAGGAGCAGAGACAAAGUUUGCCCAUCUACAAGUUGAAGAAGGAUCUCAUUCAGGCUUGCCAUGAACAUCAGGUUCUAGUUGUCAUUGGGGAGACAGGUUCUGGCAAGACAACACAAGUAACUCAAUAUCUGGCUGAGGCAGGAUACACUACUAGGGGUAAAAUAGGAUGCACCCAACCUCGUAGAGUGGCUGCAAUGUCUGUGGCCAAGAGAGUUGCUGAAGAAUUUGGGUGCAGAUUGGGAGAGGAAGUUGGAUAUGCGAUCCGGUUUGAGGAUUGUACUAGUCCCGAGACUGUGAUAAAGUAUAUGACCGAUGGUAUGCUUCUUAGGGAAAUUCUGAUUGAUGAAGAUCUGUCUCAGUACUCAGUGAUAAUGCUUGAUGAAGCUCAUGAGAGAACAAUACAUACAGAUGUCCUUUUUGGAUUACUGAAGCAGCUUGUGAAGAGGAGACCCGAUCUUCGACUGAUUGUUACAUCUGCAACACUGGAUGCUGAAAAGUUCUCUGGAUAUUUCUUUAACUGCAACAUCUUCACUAUUCCAGGAAGAACUUUUCCUGUAGAAAUUCUCUACACGAAGCAGCCCGAAAGUGACUAUCUUGACGCCUCGCUAAUUACUGUGUUACAGAUUCACUUGACUGAACCUGAAGGUGAUAUACUUCUCUUCUUAACUGGUCAAGAAGAGAUCGAUUAUGCAUGCCAAUGUCUUUAUGAGAGAAUGAAAGGUUUGGGCAAAAAUGUUCCUGAGCUGAUUAUUUUACCUGUGUAUAGUGCCCUACCUAGUGAAAUGCAGUCUAGGAUUUUUGAACCUGCACCUCCUGGAAAGAGAAAAGUUGUUGUUGCCACCAACAUUGCUGAGGCUUCUUUGACUAUUGAUGGGAUAUUCUACGUUAUUGAUCCUGGGUUUGCCAAGCAGAAUGUCUAUAAUCCUAAACAAGGACUUGAUUCCCUGGUGAUAACCCCAAUAUCGCAAGCAUCUGCCAAACAGAGGGCAGGGCGAGCUGGACGUACAGGACCUGGAAAAUGCUAUCGACUCUAUACAGAGAGUGCAUUCCACAAUGAAAUGUCUCCUACAUCAAUUCCAGAGAUACAGAGGAUCAAUCUGGGAAUGACCACUCUCAACCUGAAAGCUAUGGGCAUUAAUGACCUAUUAGCUUUCGACUUUAUGGACCCUCCUUCUCCACAGGCUCUUAUUUCUGCAAUGGAGCAGCUGUACAGUUUAGGAGCACUUGAUGAAGAGGGCCUUCUUACAAAGUUAGGUAGGAAAAUGGCAGAAUUUCCAUUGGACCCUCCACUCUCCAAAAUGCUUCUUGCCAGUGUAGAUCUUGGAUGCAGUGAUGAGAUUCUUACCAUUAUUGCAAUGAUUCAGACUGGUAAUAUCUUCUAUCGACCAAGAGAGAAACAAGCUCAGGCAGAUCAGAAAAGGGCAAAAUUUUUUCAGCCUGAAGGAGACCAUUUGACACUGCUUGCUGUUUAUGAGGCGUGGAAAGCAAAAAACUUCUCUGGUCCAUGGUGCUUUGAGAAUUUUGUUCAGUCGCGGUCACUGAGGAGGGCGCAGGAUGUAAGAAAACAGCUUCUCUCCAUCAUGGACAAGUACAAAUUGGACGUUGUGAGUGCUGGCAAGAAUUUUUCAAAGAUUCGGAAAGCUAUUGCUGCUGGUUUCUUCUUCCACGCCGCAAGGAAGGAUCCACAAGAAGGCUACAGAACGUUGGUUGAGAACCAGCCGGUUUACAUACAUCCAAGCAGUGCAUUGUUUCAAAGACAACCAGAUUGGGUUAUUUACCACGAACUGGUAAUGACUACUAAGGAGUACAUGCGGGAGGUCACCGUCAUAGAUCCCAAGUGGCUUGUAGAGCUAGCACCAAGAUUCUUCAAGGUGUCGGACCCUACAAAAAUGAGCAAGCGCAAGAGACAGGAACGAAUUGAGCCCCUCUAUGACAGAUAUCACGAACCAAACUCUUGGCGUUUAAGCAAGAGGCGUGCUUAGGUGUUACCAAAGUUAGUACUGGUAUGUCAUGUUUGCACUUUUAAUUCCCAGAGUGCCAAUUAUAGAUCCUAGAAGGUGAUUGGAUUCGACUUACCCCCAGCCGUUUGUAACAGAGCAUGUUCCUUUGUGUUGGAAUUAAAUAGAUACAACUUUAACACUA